UUGAUAAAAUGAACAGAAAUUUAAUCGUUGCGCUGCUUAUCGCUAGCUUAGUUGCUGGUCAAUCUGCUAGGGAAUUUUUUUGUGAAUUUAAAAGUGAUGGAGUGUUCGAAGAGAAUGUCGAAAAAAGUCUGUCACGACUAACUGACCACCCAUUCACCUAUUUCGUUGAUUGUGAAGAUGCCCUGAAGAAAGGAUUUACAAUGAGCGGCGUUUAUCGUAUCAAACCUGAAGCUUCGUUCAGACCGUUUCCAGUGUGGUGCGACAUGGAAACGGAAGGAGGUGGAUGGACUCUCAUUCAAGUCAGAUACGACGGAUUGACGGACUUUUUUAGAAACUGGGUAGAAUAUAGGAAUGGAUUUGGCAGCGUUGACAGUGACCAUUGGCUUGGGAAUAAUUUAAUUCACCAAUUGACAGAGAAUAACGAUUAUCAGUUGAAAAUUGAAUUGACUGGUUUCCAACAGAACGAAUUUGCCUAUGCCAAAUACUCUCCAUUCCGAAUUGGUACGGAGGACGAAAACUACAAACUCUACGUUGGAAAUUUCACUAGUGAAGGACAAAUUAGUGACUCUCUUACGUAUCAUAAUGGAGCUAUGUUCACAACAAAAGACAAACAAAACGAAGGUACAUAUAAUUGUGCUGAAAGGUACAAAGGGGCUUGGUGGUACCGCCAAUGUUAUUAUUCUAAUCUGAAUGGAGUUUGGAUGAGUAAGGUCCGUUCGCUUUCUACCAGAGGAUCAAAAUCGGCUGACAAUGAAAUUGGUGUAAAUUUUAGAAAUAUUUUCAACGUAACCUUUUACAGUUUGAAGAGCGUAGAAAUGAAAGUGCGGAGGAUGCGACGGAAGUAAUUGACUUUCGUCGAUAUUCAUGGAUAAAAUAAACACAAAAUAAACCUCAAA